AUGUCAGAAAAAGAUAUAGUUGUCUACGCUGAUAAUGGAGAAAAUUCCGGCUCUAACAAUGGGCAAAGCUCUACUACUACCUCUACGGAAUGGACGUGGAGAGACUUUCGGGCGUGCUUAGUUACCGGGGCUGGCUUUUUCAUGACGGCAUACGAUUUAUUUGCCAUGAAUCUUGUGAGCCUAAUGCUCGCGUAUGUCUAUCGUUCAAAGCAGAACGAACUUACCGAAAAUGAAGAAUUGGGUUUGAAAGUGAGCGCCCAAAUUGGAGCUAUUUUCGGCCAAUUGCUAUUUGGGUCUUUGGCGGAUCGAUAUGGAAGGAAAAGGAGCUCAUGGUUUCCAUAG